UCGCUAGUGGCGGCGACCCUGUCUUGCGCUGAUCCUUAGCGCUGCCUUGCUUUUGCGCAGCUCUGCGGGCCGCGUUAUCCCCAGCCUCUCUACCCACGGCGCACGCUGCAUGUUAUGACAGACUUGACGUAUUUGACCCAUCUUUAAUCGUAGUACCUUAUUGCGGCCCCGGAUUGUCCGCGCACUACAAGCGCCGGCUUCAACGCGCAAUCAGCUCGGCGCCGGCCAUCACUAGAUCCAGCGCUCACGUACAGUAAUGGCAGAAGAGAAGGACUCGAGGCAAGACCCCGUUGCGAAUGGCGGCGCUACAAAUGGCAAUGCGCCCAAGAUAUCGGAGAAGAAUGAGCGCGGCGCGCUGCCUCAGCCGCCAAAGCCGCAAAAGACCGGGACAGGCGGAAGCAAGAAGGGUCCGGCGGGCGGCUUCGACGAUACUCCCUUACCGCACGCACCGCCAGGCUAUACAAUCAAGAUUACCCUCCAUCGCGCGACAAACCUCCCUCUCGCCGAUAUCAAUACUCUUUCCGCCGAUCCCUUCAUCGUAGCCCAGCUCAAAACCUCCCUCCCGACGCGGCACAAAGAAGACCCUCCGCUGCAAUUGCGCACUCCUACAAAGCGACAGACUACCGAUCCGGUAUGGAAUACAGAGUGGGUAAUUGCCAACGUGCCGGCGACGGGCUUCAAUCUGAAGUGCCGGAUAUUCGACGAGGACCCCGCCGAUCACGAUGACCGUUUGGGCAAUGCUCAUGUUUUCGUAGAUUACAUAGACGAGAAUUGGCCGGGCAUAAAAGAUGCGGCAUAUUCCAUCAAGAAGCGCAUGGGGAGCAAGAGGGCAUAUUUGCUGCGCGCGAUUGCUGUCUGCUUUAACAAGGUUGAACACAUGAACGGCUCCCUCUACGUGAGCGUGGAGCUACUGGGGAAGACGCCGACCGACAACGGCGGCCGCGUAUACACAGUCGGCCCUCAAUUCUGGAUACGGCAUUACUCGCCGCUUUUGGGACGACUAUUGGGCCAGAAAGAGCCCAACGAGGGCGGGGUGUCGAAGAAGACGGGCAAGCCCAAGUCCGACAGAUACAACUUCCAGUCAAACCAGAUGCAGUUGCGCGGUCCCGUACCGGAAGCCAUGUACCAUCGCUACGUCGAGUUCAAGCCGUUUGUCAAGUCUAUGUUCACAGCGAAAGGAGUCCGCGGCUUCAUACUAUCGAAGGCGCUGCACCAUCAGCACGCGCGCGUAUACAACUUUGACCGGGAAACCGUAUACGAGGUAAUCCAAGAGCCGUGCAAGGAGUUUACGCUCAAGUUCCUUGAAUUAGUGCACUUCGACAAGGGAGGACGGAUCUUCACCUACGUCCUAACAUUGGACUCCCUCUUCCGAUUCACAGAAACCGGCAAGGAGUUUGGCAUCGACAUGUUGUCCAAGCACACCAUGCACAGCGAUGUGGCCGCAUAUGUUGCCUUCUCAGGCGAAUUUUUCAUCCGGCGGUUGAAGCACCACCAUCGCGAUCCUCCUGAAGUGGGAGGCCACAACGAAAGCCAUCCACCAGAUGAGAUCGCCGGCGGGCCUCCCAAAGAAGGGCCCAAAAACGACCCUUCAUACUAUGAACUAAUAAUCGACAAUGACUCCGGGACCUACCGGCCAAACGCUAAGCUGCUCCCCGAGCUCAAAGUCUUCUUCGAAGCGAACUUCCCAGGUCUCAAGGUCGUGACGCUGGACUGCCAAGAGGACGCUGAGAAGAUGGAGGCCAUGAAGAAGGAGCAGCGCGAGCGCAAGAAAGCGGAGGGCGAGCAGAUCAUCUACACGCAGAUCAGCAGAAGUAGCAGCAUGAGCUCCUCCGAUGUUGAAGAGCUUGACCGCAUUGAGGCGGCUGGCGAGAGGCCUGAACCGCAUCUUCGCCAUCAGAUCAUGAGAGAGGCAAAUGCGAGAGCAGACGCUGCAAAGCUACACAUGAAGGAGUACAGACCGAGCCAGAAUCGCGAGGGCUGGAGAGGGAGUAACCAUCAGCCGAAGCAGGACGACGAGGCUGUGGCGAAGGCGAGAGCAGAGGCAGGACAGGCUGAACCUGGGGAAGCGUCGACUGCUGCUGCGAGCGAGCAGCCAAGGUAGCGACUUAUUUCUAUUCUAGUAUCAUGACUGGGUUCUCUUAUAUUUGCGUUGGAUACAGUCGUUUUGGCGUCUUCAGUCUAUACGCUCUGGGAGGAGGGAAGGACUUUGAGCUCGCUCACUAUCCUGGAAAGAUACCCGCUAUUUCUUUGGUAUUCACCACCUCGAGAACCGCUCCAUUCCCGUUGUCCACAUAGUUACGUACAUCCAUAAUUGUAGUAUCUGAAUCUAUCUUUCGAGCC